AUGGGUUCAAGCUCAGAGGUAGUAUCUACAAUUGUGAGGAAAUGGAGAGAGCAUCCACCUUCUUCGUAUUCCCUCAAGGUUGACAGCUUCAAACAACUUGAGAAGUUCACAACGUCCUCUAAUGAUAAUUACCAGUCUCGUCUUUUCUCCUCUUGUGGAUAUAACUGGAAACUGAUCGUAUACCCAAAAGGAAACGAAAAGAACAAUGGGAAAGGGUUCAUUUCGAUGUAUGUGGAAAUAGACAGCAAAAGCUUGAUAUCAGCACCAAAUUGUGAGGUGUUUGCGGAACUCUUUUUCUUUAUCUACAACAAGAUGGAAAACAAGUACCUUACUGUUCAAGAUGUGGAAGUAAAGAGGUUCAAUGCACUUAAAACGGUGUGGGGGUUGCAGCAAGUUCUUCCAUUUGAUUCAUUCAACAACCCUGAAAAAGGUUAUGUCUUUGAAGGAGAUCAAUGUGAGUUUGGUGUUGAUGUUAUUGUUCCAUCACCCCUUACCAAUUGGGAAAUUCUCUCUUUUAAUGAGAAACUCCCGAUCCCCAAGUUCUCUUGGAGUCUUGAAAAUUUUUCUCAGUUAACCGAGGAAAAAUACAGAUCGAACACUUUCUCAAUGGGAGCAAGGAAAUGGACUCUGUUGCUGUAUCCGAAGGGUGACUCUAGAGCAGGUGGCAAAUGGUUAUCCCUUUAUAUGCAAUUAGCUGAUUGUGAUAAACCAAAAGCGGGCGAGAUGAUUUUGGCGCAAGCAAAUUUGCGAGUUCUGGACCCACUUGGAUCCAAUCACAUUGAACGCAAACUGAACUAUUGGCACAAGGAAGAAAACUUGGGUUGGGGUUCGUAUAUGUUUUUGUCGUUAGAUGAACUUCGGAAGUCUUACUUGGACAAGGAAGACGCGUUGAACGUUGAGAUCGAAUUUGAAGUUGUUUCUGCGACCAAAUAUUCUCCUAAUCUCUAA